AUGUGUGUGUACGUGUGUGAGUGUGAACAAAGAGCAAAGUAUCUCGCACCGGUAUUCAGCGUCGCGCAGCCCAGCACAAAGCCAAAUACGGCGACUGCCUUGGCGCUAGUGAUAUGCCAUGUGGGCCCAACGAGUUAG